AUGGAGUUCGAUUUGAAUCUACUUGCAGAGCAUGAAAGGACCAUCUGGGACCUUGUCGCAGUCAUCUUUUUGCUUGUUAUACCAAAUGUCAUCGUUCUUUAUACUUGGAAAUGCCGUACUAUCCUGCCCCUCGUUAACCCUAAGCGCAGCUACGAAUUGACCAGCAGCCGGGCAGUCCGGGAAUUUACCACUUCAGCCAGGGACAUAAUCUACUCAGCAGUCAAUCAAUUUGGCUCCAAGCCUUUCCGUGUCAUCAGCGACUUUGGUGAGGUGAUUAUUCUUCGACCGCAGCAGGGCGACGAGAUACGCAACGACAAGAGGUUGAGCUUCACUGGGCAACUUGAGACUAUGUUCCAGGCCAAUCUGCCAGGGUUCGAACCAUAUAAAAUGGCAGCAUCGUCUGAGGAGUCGUUGCAGACACUCGUGAGAUCUAAGAUAACCAGAAACCUCGCUGAGUUGGUGACUCCAUUAUCAAAUGAAUGUUCUGUCGUUUUGGAAGAGCUGCUUCCUGACUCUCAAGAGUGGAACGAAGUCAACCUUAAAGACAUUAUCGUAAAGAUCAUUACCAGAAUGUCAUCUCGAAUAUUUGUGGGCGAAUCCCUGUGCCGCGAUCAGGAGUGGCUGGACCUCGUUGUCAAGUACGGAUUUGCAAGUGCUCAUGCUGCGGAACAGUUGCGAGUCUUGCCGCGAAUCAUCCGUCCCUUGAUGGCCAGAGUUCUGCCGAGCUGCAUCGAGCUCCAAGCGCAAGUCGAUCAAGCGGAAAAGUAUGUCGCGCGGGUCCUUGCUGAACGUGAAGGCUCUUCACCUGGAGUUCAAUAUAUGGACGCCAUUGCUGGGUUCAAGGAAAUCGCCCAGAACAAACCAUAUCCAGCUGGAGCAUCACAACUUAUGCUGUCCAUAGUUGCCAUCAUGACUACAGCUGAUCUUUGGUAUUGA